UAAUUAUGUUUAUACUGUGUAGUCAAUUUAUCGAGAAAGGCUAUAAGCAAUAAAACAGCACGUCGAGAGCAGCGGCGACAACAGGGUGAAACAGCGGGAGUAGUUAGUUUAUUAAAGUUUGAAACCGCAAUGAAUCAGACAGUAGACGAAACAGGAAAAAUAGUCACCACAAUUAACCAUGUUAUUAAUAGCAGCACUUGCUGGCGUAAUGGUGCCCGAAUAAAUACAAUUUACACACAACUAAAGUUUUAUAAUGUAAGAAUAGUGUACCGUAUUACCAAAUACUUAAAAUUAAUUUCACAAAACUUAAUAACUCCAUUGCAGUGUGCAGACAAUUUUGUGUUACUUGUGAUGUAAUUUGAAGAGUGUGAAUGAUUUGUGUCCGGAUUGGAAAGUUGAUAUGCCUGACAUUACUGCCAGCUAGAACGUCUUCAGAUAAAGCAAGUUACUAAAGAUGAUCAGUUUUCAACUAGUUUUCUUCACAACACUGGCAGUGAAUGUAUGUGGCCAACACAUUCUGCACAGUCCUGUCAGUUUCAAAUACUUGGAGAACGACUUCUUAAACCUAAAUAUAGUAUUGGAAAAUGUACCUUCUGACAUCACCCAGUAUCUGCUUCAUAUACGCACAGACCGACAUGGACUAAACAUAUCACACAUAACACCCAAGAAUGGAACACACAAUGUAAAAACUAAACUAAAUGUAAAAAAUGUAGUGCUUGAUUUAGAGAUCAAAAAUAACGGGCAAACUUGCGCUAUAUUUAAUAUUCUAAAUGGCACACAGAGUACAGGUUUGGAUGGACGAUCUGAAUUCCGGGAACAAUGUCUGAAUCAUUAUGAUAAAAACUAUUGUUCAAUAAAAGUAGAUUUCAAGAACAGAUGCGAAGAUGAUUCACGUUUGGAAUGUGAUAUGAAAGAUGAGACUUUGACCUGUUUCUCUGGUAACAUUGGCCAUUCGGAGGUGGCAUGGUCUCAGCAUUACAUAGGUCCUAAUGAUGAAUCCAGUGUUAGUUUACCUUCGACUAAAGUAAAAGGAAACAGCUACAUGAAAAUGAAAAUGUAUAAAUUUGACAACAACACUCAGCUAUCAAUGGAAACAGAAUUUUCAAAGAAGUAUUACAAUGUGUCAGUACCCGUGGAGAAAGCAGAUUACGAGUUGGAAACAUCAUAUAUUGAUGAAAACCAGACUUCCUACUCAUUUACCUGCAAAGGGGCUGAAAGCAGAAUCAGCGCUUUGUAUUACAAUUGUUCAAAGAUCUACACUUAUGAUAGGAAGUCUCUAAACUGGACUAAGCCGAUUGAUCUAGUAAACAUUUUAUUUUGUUGUGUCCAAUACAAGAUUUCUAAGUAUGGCGCCGACGUGAUCGUAGAAAGAAUAGUGGACCAAUUUACACAAAUUCGUAUAAAGCCCACGCAAAUACAAAAAACUAACAAACCUAUGUGCACAAUGAAGAAAGACUAUAUUUUGCAAUGCACGUGCCCGGAAACACCCGAUUACAAAAUUAAAUGGUCACAAGUUAUUACUAAAAACUACAAAAGUACUAAAAAAGAACAAGAAAUAUUAUGGUCGUAUGAAACCAAAUCACUGGAUUUGAGUAUGAAAAUCUAUAAAUUUGAUAAUAAUACUGAAAUAAAAUGCGAAGAUAUAAAUCAGAGAACUACAAAAGUUAACACAGCUCAAAAUACAUACAGUAUAAAUAUACCAGACGUUAAAAAUAAAACAGGACAAUACAAUACAUUGAAGGAUAUUGUGAUGAAUACAACUAUACCUUCUUAUUCCGAAUGCGCAACACGCGCAAUUAUACGUUUAAUUCAUCCCAACGACGAAAUUAUUGAACGAAUGCAUUAUAACAAAAACUCUGCACACAAAGUCUGCUGCAUUUCUUUCGAAGAUCCCGGGACUUUGAUACGGGAUAUUAAAAUCAUUUCUUCCCUGUCCCAAACAUCCAUGCCAGGCACUCCAAACACGACAACAUCGCCUCUGAAAGAUAACCAGGACGAAGCAGAAAGUUCCACAGGCAUAGGACUCUACGUAAUCCUACCGACACUAUUGAUUGUCGUCAUUCUGCUACUAAUACUCGGAUUAUACUUCAAAAAACGACGAAAUUCGUCGCAAUCACAACAAAUGCUUCAAUUGGAGACUUAUGGCACCACUGAAAAGGUUUUGUAUGCAGAAUUAGCUAUUGAACCAAGGAAUGAUACUCGAGUGGUAGUACGAACCAACGAAUCACCUUAUGCAGAAAUAAUUGGUGUAUUGCAUAGACACCGGUAAAAAAUACCGCGAAAUCACACACAGUUCACAGACGGAUUAAACCUACCUGUCCCCGCCGUGUCGCAGUAAGAUAGAUAAAUCCGUAAUAUAGUUACAUCCCUAGGGAUAUACUUAUUCCGGAGGUGCGGACUACCUAGCGGGUUUACCGGGGCUCCGGCUCGACGGGCAGGAGAAGGAACGGAGUGGUUUUUAGUCAGUAAGAGUCUGACACUCCCUCUCGCCUCGCCCAAGACGGGAGAAGUCAUUGGAUGAUUUUCCACCCUCAAAAAAAAAAAAGGGAUAUAAUUAUUGCCGGACUACCGCCGUGGGAUUUGGAGGCGAAGGUGCUCGCGCGUGUCUUUGGUUUGCACACCGACACGCGUCACGGGGCGAAACUCCACUGCCGCGCCAGAUUAAUGCGUGGCGGGAUGAGCUCCGGCGCGAUCUCAUGGCCGAAUGGCAGCAACGACUGUCGCAACCGAGGGCUGUGCUCGCUGUCAUUGCAGCGGUAAGUCCCCUCUUUGAGGAGUUGCUAGAGAGGCACCACGGCGUCCUCACCUACCGCCUGACACAGGUGCUUACCGGACAUGGGAGCUUCGGUAGGUUCCUGUUUUUGAUUGGGCGGGUGUCAUCACUGCGAAGACUGCCCGGAGGACACGGUGGAACAUACGGUUGCGGUCUGCCCUGCGUGGGCUGAGCACCGCCGUGUCCUCAGGGAUGUGGUCGGCGACGGCGCCCUCUCGCGUCCGGCACUGAUACAAGCCAAGGUGCGGAGCGAAGGGGACUGCGAUGACGAGAGAAGUCAUUCGAUGAUUUUCCCCCUCAAAUAUAAGUAUAUACCGGAACAUACCUCGCAAUACGAAAGCGAUUCAUUACUAUCUCACUAGGAAUUAAAUGAUAUACGUAUAUGUAUUACUAGAUUAAGUUUACUGUUAUUAAUAUAUUUAGGGUUUGUCUCAACAAAGCCAUAUUGUAUCAAAUUAUCAUCAUAUUGUAGUGAAGUAAAUUAAAUCUUAUUUAUUCCCAAACAUAUUUGAGAAUUUUAUAAUGAUUAACUUAUGUUUUAUCUAUCUUACUGCGACAUAUCUACACCCGUCUGACCUCUCCCUGAUGUAUGUCGAUGUAUGUUCUAUGUCGGUCUGCCGUGCCAUCGAUCAGAGAGUGAGGGAACAGAGAGUGCAACUGUGUUUGCGCAUACACUAGCGCAUAUUACAAUACCUAUCUCCUGCGUAGUGGGCUAGUCUAGUUAGACAUACUGUCCACCAUUAUCGAAAUUUAUAUUGUUAAGAGUACUUUAAAUUUAAGUUUUAUAUUUUUAUUAAACGGUUUUAUACAUAUAGCUUG